AUGAGAUCCAGGAUUCCAGGAUUCCGAAUCCCUCUUCAGGCGAAAGCUGUUGCUCUGGCGACAGGCACCGCUGAUGUGCCCCGACGGCUCAACAUUACUGGAGAAGACUUGGACUUUGUCACGCACCGACCACCCAUCCACAACCAGGCGCUAAUGGCCAGGAUCGGGCAUUUGCUUGUAGUAGGUGCAGGUCUUAGUGCGGCGGAUGCAAUCCUGCAUGCCUUGGGCUUGAGAGCUGACGGCAUCAAUGUCCGCGUCACUCAUGUGUUUCGUGGAAAAGCUGAAGACACAAAGAUCGGAAAAAUGUUUGGCGACAGCCACGGGGCCUCCAUGUACCGCGACGAAGAAUGGCUGGCGCAGCUAAUGCGACAAAAAGCCUCCGACCCGCGCUACACCGCCAAGGCCGAAUCUGAUCUACAAGAGAUUCUGGAGGAUGGCUCGUGCGUGAUCAAGAGGAAGGAAGGCGAAGAAACUAUUUCAGAGGUUUCUGUGGUGGCACUUCUUUUGGGCGCUGGUCCCUCCUUGCAUUUUCUUCCACCUUCGCUACGACGAGCACAGCGCUUGCAGCCGUACGUCCCAUUGACACGCACGGUGCCGGGGGAGAUGGGAAAGGGAUGGAAGGAGGGAUUGUAA